UGGGAGACGAUACAGUUGUUCUUCAUUUGCAAUUUGAACUUGAUUCAGCAUGAUGAGUUGGUUAAAACAAAUGAGAGGAGCUCUCUCCUCUCUCCUGGAAGUCUGCUGCCUCAUCGGCCGCAUUCUCUACACUGCAAUCACGGUGGUGCUGGAAGUGGCCAUUGCUAAUCAAAACAAGGAGAAUGGACCCCUGACUGCGCAAAGCGCAUCUGGAGUGUGUAAGGGCAACCCCGUCGAGCAGGAUCCUCGUCUUGCGAAGGUCCUCGAUCCAUCAGCUACUUGCGUGGCGGUGAUCAGCAGAAAAAGACGACAAGCUGCCGCUGAUCUGACCUCAUGCGUCCCCGUCGUUAAGCGACGACGUCGACCAAUAUUGUGGAAGUUUCACCUGCCGUCGGCAGAGGAAUUAGGUAAAAGUGAGAAAGAGGAAGAUAUACCCCUCACCCAAACAGUACCAUGCAAACCGCGUUUCUCGCGUAAUUGGGAUAUGAGUGAUCCUGGGACGCCGGUGCCGAUUGUGCUUAGAUCCCGUUAUGGGGCGAGUGGAAUCAGGGAAACUGGUGGGAAUAAUACGCCGGACACUGCACCCCCUUCCUUCCCGGUGGUUGACCUUUGGCCGCCGACAGUCUUAUCUUGGAACCAUCUCAACAAAACUAGAAGGAAUGUCCCCCUGCAGUCAGAAUUGAAUAUGGAUAGGGGCGUAACACCUAAAACCAGCACCCAUUCGGUGUUCUGUAAAAAAUCCUUUUUUGCUGUAGCUGCGGUGGGCUCACCUGUAUCGGUAAAGCUUAGACCCCGAGAUGGGGCGAGCUGGAACAGUAAGAGAUGUGGUGACGGACCGCCUGAACCUAUGGCCGUUCCUGGGCCGGCUGUGACUCUCCGGCAGCGUACGAGGGAAUUAAAAUUACCUGCCCGACCCGUUGGGCUCCAACGGCCAGGUUGUUUCGGGAGAUCGCCUUCGAUUUGGUGCAUCAGCACCGAGAUUUCCUUGGAUCGGACUCGUACGGCACCAGGAUUUCAAAAGAUUUAGUUUGACUGGUGGAGAAAAAGACUCCCCGCUGUAGAGUCCCAGACCUUCUAAAUCUGUGGCUCAACAAGGACUCCCAAGGAUGUGAGCACCUUAUAAAAGUAAGCCCUAGGCGUGGUAC